GUGCCUGCACUGACACGCCAAUACACACACUUCACCGUUCAGCUAUUCUGCUGAGAUGUCACAUCCGAAAGCGCAUUAAUAAAUAAAUUGUUUCGGCAAUCACAUAUUAUUGACAUCGUCUCGGUUCUUUUGGCAACGAAUUCGCUGUUUGUUUUCUUUGUUUUUCAUCUGUCGUCGUCGUCGUCGUUGUCGCUGAAUAAACUGUUGGUGAUAAAAUUUUAAUUGUGACGAAAUCGAAUUUGAACAACAGCAACUCAAGUGCGAUUGCCCGUUUCAACUCGUUUGUUCGUGAAUUUUGUGUGCAUAUUUUAUGCCAAGCAUGGAAUCGAAGCGACGAAAUUCCAAGAAGAAAUCGCCGGCGAUUGAAUUGCCCUCGAGUGUGUUGGUUCAGUAUUCACGCAUCGAGAAUUUGUUGCGGCAUUCUUUGUCACGGAAGUGGUUGCGUUAUGAAUUCGAGUACGAUGCCGUCGAAGAUGCCUUUUUCAAGCAAAACAAGAGCAAGUCAUUCGAGUCCAUUGUAUCAGACAAAUUUCCAUCGUUAGAAUCGUGUUCUCUGACCAUGGUUGAAUGGCGUAAAAUUCGCAAAUUGCUUUUAGGGCAGAAAACACGUAGAUUUUCUGCGAAAUUUGUGGAACAGCAACGCAUUGACCUGGAAAAGUAUCGUCGUUGUUACAACGUGCUGCGAGAAAAUCAGCGAGAUGAUCAGUUGGUGAAACUGAAUGCAGAACCAUCAAAGGACAGUGUUGUUGUAUGCGAUGCACGAGCCGAAUUCGAAAUUUAUCGCCUUAUCGUCGAAACAAAGAAGCAAUUUGCAUCGAAAAGUGCAACAGUGGCCGAGUUACGUGAAAUAAACAGUGCUAAGACCGAAGGUCGAAACGUGAACGACGACGAAGCGUAUGCAAAUGCGACCAAAGCUAUCGUAAAACUGCGCGACGUCAAUGAUGAAAUUACAAAGGGCUUGAGAAAAUUGUUACAUUUCCAGAUUGUGAAAGAUGCACUGUUGUUCGAUGCGCUGGGCAAGAAGAAAUUGUGUUUGGCCUUGUCACCGGUCUACUUUCGUCGCAAAUGCCAACUACGCAUCUACGAAGACCAUCGCGAUUUUCGAUUGGAUACAUUCAUUGAAUCCGUUGACGUGAUGCAAUUGAUGUACAUCAUGCUGGAGCUGGUGUUAAGCCUCUUUGAAUAUGAACUACUGGCCAUCAACACCGAGGAUUACAUAAAGACUGUGCUAAAACAACAUCUUGACACACUAAAAUCCAUCAUGAUAACUGUUGACUUCGAGUAUUUCAACGGUGAAAUUGCACCAUUGAUGUCGGCCAUGGCGAAGAAAGUAAUAGCUUAAUUUUUGUUAUCAUUCGAAUUUGGUUAUCGCUUGUGUUUAAGUUUAGAAAUUUAUUCAAGUUGAUAUUUUCAUUUGUUUUUCUUGUUUGUUUUUUUUCUGAUGGUCGAAUUAGUUGAACAAAUAGGGUUUUUUAAGAGUGGAAAAACUUAAGAUGAUUUAUUUUAACUUAAGAUGAUUUGCUAUAGUCUAUCCAUAAACACAACAGGAAGAAUCAAGUGUUAUAUGCACGAUCGAUGCACUUUGUACAAAUCUAAUGUUCAAGAAUUGUUAAGGUUAAUGUGCUAGAGCACUUUUGUUGGCGUUUGAAUCGAAAAUGAAUUCAAUUGAUCGGUGUAUUUCCUUCAGUGGCAUAUCGCUUUAAAUGGGCUGAAAGUUCCAAUUGAUAUGUCUACUGAAAUUUAAUUAAAUUUUGCAAAGAUGAUGUUCAACCCUCAAUUCCUAGUGACCAGAUAAUAACAAUAGAUCUACCAUAAGUAAAUCACAGAAAUGUGAUAUUAAGUUUCAUUUCAAAUAAAUAAACAAAAUUCAAAAAUCAA